AUGCAUAGACUAGUCAAAGCGAGAUCUCAACAUUUCGCUUCUUCACCUAGGAAAACAGCUUCACCGUUAAUAACGAAACAUACUUUAUAUAAUGGUAAACAUCCGCCACCUAAAAGACGUAGAUUAGGCUCAGAAGCUUUUGUGAUCUCAAGACCAGUUCACAGUUCUCAUGACAGCGACUUGACUUCUUCAAAUUCGGAUUCAGAUAUCGAAGCAAGUUCAGGUCCAGAUGUAGAUGACGAUGACGAAGAUGAAGAUGAAGACGAAGACGAAUCAAUGCUAAAAGCAACAAAGCGAGGUGAAGGUUCUAAAACUCGAAACAGAACAAUAUUACCGUUAAGUUCAGAGACAGGUCAACAGAUGAUCAACCAGUCUUCAACGUCUAGAACUAGGAAAUCGACUUCUAGACAGUCGACUGCAAAUUCCUUUCCAAGCAGAACAAUCAAGGGAAAGGGUAAAGCCAAAGCCAAAGCGGAAGUAGAUGUCUUCGGCAACGGAAAUGGGAGUUUGAAUAACGGCGAAGAAGGUGAUUCAUCUUCUAGUCCAAGGAAGAGAAAGAGAUCUUACAGAGAUCCGGAUUCAAGUGAGGAUUCAGGUAGCUGGAUUGAAAUGGAUGAAGAUGAAGUGAAACCUGAAUUCAUUGCUGAAAGUGACCAACAUCUGAUAGAUAGCGCACCUGCAAGUGCGCUGAUACGGUUACGGAAAGCUGAACUUGUAAGAUUAUGGAAAGUAGCGGGAAUGUGGAACGAAGAGGACGAAGUGGGAUCUAUAUCAUCGAUUGACGAGGAUGGCGAGACUGGAAUGGGAAAAAAGGAGCUCAUCGACGGCUUGAUAGCAGCACGGAACUCCUUCGAUCGUCUCAUCUCCCCUCUUCCCUCUUCAUCACCAAGGCGUAUGUCUCCCCGACGGAAAACUACACUCGAAUCUAAUUUGGAAAUGAAACGACUUCGCUCGUCAACUUCAUCUUCACUGCAACAUACACCUAUAUCCUCUUCAUCCUCAACGAAUACCGGUCCGGCCCGCGGGCGAUCAAUCGUAGACACUGAUGCGACACCAAAGGCAAAUCCUCGGACGAGAUCAAGAGUAAGGUUGGCAGAAACGACGUUGAUCCGUACCGCGCCCAGACGAACGAAGGACCGAAGGAAAUCUAUGGCGAGAAACAACGGCUUUAGAGGAAGGAGUAAAAGUAUGGGUGAGGAAAAGGCGGAUAAAAAAGCUAGAUUUGGUGAUGAUGUCAAAAGUCCUGCUAAGGGCUUGAUAGACCGCCGGACAAGGCGAUCUUCAACUCUCUCGUCUGCAUAUACAACAACCGAUACUUCACAAGGUGAAGACUCCCGUCCGUCUCGUCAAACUCCACACCAACUCAAAGGACCAGCCGCAACCCGCGGACGUACUCCUGCUCGGAUAUCUCGGAAAUCCCAAACGAGACAAUCAAGGUCCACACCUGGUAAACAGCUUGCCAACGGUAAUGCCGCAUCUGAAGACACGGAAGAGGAGUUGGAAGAUGACGAACCGACACCUCUGGUUAACAGACUUCGUCCUCGAGGUGCGCGAGCCAGCUUCAUCAAGGAAUUAUCAAGUGAGGUGGAUGCCGAUGACGAAGAAAAUGAAGAGGAUGGAGAUGCAGAUGCUAUGACUGUUCAAGAGGAGGAUUUGGAAGAACUGGAUGGCUCGUCUGCUCCAUCAAGAAGAUUGCGAAGUCGUGAUAAGCUUAUGGAUACGGAUGUGCCAUCAGUCAUUGCAACGAAGAGUCGAUCGCUGCCAAGUCGAGGAGCCAAGAAGAAGGCUAUUGAAGCAUUGAAGGGCGGGGAAAGUGAUACAGAAAUGGACAUAGACGAAGAGAUGACAAUUGAAGAUGGGGAGGUUACAGAUGAGACCGAGGACGAAAAUAUGGACAACAGCGACGAAGACCGUCCUCGAACUCGAGCCCAGGAUAAAGGGCAAGUGCCCACCUCACAACCCUCCACUCCUCCUCGUCGACAAACCCGUCGUACUUCCCGUCACUCUCCAGAUCAAAACAUAUCAGACAAUGACAACGAUGGGGAAAACGAAGCACCGGAAUCUGAUAUAAUUGCAGCAACUAAUUCGCUUUCAUCGCAACUUGACGAGGAUGUCCAAGUCACUCCUGCGCCCGUACAUACCACUCGAUCAGGCAAAGCAUUCGGAGUCAUGCAGAGUCGAAAGAAGAGGCUCAGACAGGAAGCACGAGAUGAUCCAGAUAUGGAAGAGGACGAAGAAGAAGAUGAUGAAGAUGAGGAGGAUGAGGAGACCGAUGUGGACGAAUCAUUUGAAGCAGAUGUCGAUCUCACAGACGCGACUGUCGCAUCUCUCACACGUCUACUUCGAGAUGAGCUUGUCCAGAUGUGCGAAAGUCGAGGCAUCGAAGUAGGAGGAACAAAACCUCAACUAGCAAAAGCUUUACUGGAAUGGAGAGAUGAGCAACAAGGUUCAGGACCAAAAUCUGAUCCAUCUUCCCAAGCCACAGCAAGACCAUCAUCAUCGUCGAAAUCAUCAAGAGCCAAAAAAUCCAAACAGAAGAAAAUCAUACAUGCCAUCGGAUCUAACGUGCAUGUUCCUGGUAAAACCACACCAGUGUUGCUAAGAGACCAUAUACAUGCGAAUGACCCUGCUACUCCUCCCAUCUCAGAUGAAUCCAGACCUGUAGGGUCAGAAGCGGAACUCAACUUGGAUCUACAAGAAUUAGGUCUAGAAGAUUCCGUUAUCAAACCCUCGCAACUGAUCAAGAACGAGAAGAUAGGUUCGGGUGGUUUUAAAGAUGUGUUUGUAGGUAAACUGAGAGGUAGAAAAGUAGCUAUCUCGGAAUUUCGAGAGCAUUUGUCUGAGAUGGAUAUCCGAGAACUCAAAUUACUGGCUGAGUUCAGUCAUCCUAAUAUUGUUCGAUUUCGAGGCAUCUGUAUACCGGAAGACUCAUCCCAAGUACCUUGUAUGCUAGUCAGCGAGUUAUGUGAAAAUGGAGAUCUCUUCGAUUAUAUACGAAACGUCCCUUGUCCAUCACUUCGAAGGGUUCUACAGUUGAUGCUUGACAUAGCGAGAGGGUUAGAGUAUCUGCACACAAGGAAACCGUCGAUCAUUCAUCGCGAUUGCAAAUCAUCAAACAUAUUGAUAAACAGGUCAGGUCAGGCCAAAGUUGGAGAUUUCGGCCUAGCAAGGGUGAAAAAUUCAACGAGGUCAAUGAUCAGAUCUCUGGUUGGUACGGUAAAUUGGCAAGCACCAGAACUAUGGCAUCCUCAUCCAAGAUAUGAUUAUAAAGUGGAUGUUUUCAGUGCUGGCAUGGUCUAUUGGGAGAUGAUGGCUGGCUGGACAGGAGACAAGAAAUACCCCUGGGAGGGCCAUAACGAACAUUACAUUUACGACGCUGUAGGAGCGAAACACCGACGGCCAUCGAUCAACGGAUUGAGAAAACAUUGGGGUGAUGAGCCCGUCAACCUGAUGGAAAGGAUGUGGCACCAGGACCCUGCCGAACGACCUACGAUGACUGAUGUGGUUGCAGAUCUGGAGAGUCUUAUAGCUGAAUUGAGGUAG